GGUAGCGGCCAAUAGCGCGACUGGGCUCUCUCCCGGACGCGCUCUGUGGACAGAGGGGAUAGGGUUUUAAUCCGAAAACACAUUAACAAAAUACUGAAGCUGCAUGUGGUUUGACCGGACAGUCAUUCGUGUUUGUCUACAAACAUCUGCACCAAACUUUGAACUCUGGGUCAACGUUGGGAGUGUUUAAAAGAUUAUUUAUUUUGGAGACGCGGGCGGAAUGUUCUAUUGUGUCUUAUCUCUGUGAGUCCAGUGUUUGACCCAUUCUCUAUGCCUUUGGUUGCAACUGUUGCCGACCAUUGUUCCGCUCUCGAGGGGAUCACUGAUCGUUGCCAUGGCGGACGGUAAUCAUUUGAUGGAGAAUGAAAUUUGUUCGGAUUCGGAGACUGCUGACUGUCAGGAAGAAGCGUUCGGCUUUGGAGACGAUCUGGAACUGAACCAAUUCGAUGGAUUACCCUUUUCCUCUCGUUAUUAUAAACUACUGCAGGAGAGGAAGAGUCUGCUGGUUUGGAAAGCUAGAGGGGAGUUCGCGGAUGCCUUGGCAAACAAUCAACUUGUUAUUGUCUCGGGCACAACUAAAACGGGGAAAAGUACUCAGAUCCCCCAGUGGUGUGCCGAGUUCUGCCUGUCAGCCAGGUACCGUCACGGCGUGGCGGUGUGCACUCAGAUCCACCAGCGGCGUGCUGUAGAGCUGGCCCUCAUGGCAGCCGAUGAGAUGGAUGUGAACAUCGGACAUGAAGUGGGCUACACUCUGCCCCUGGAGACGUGCUGUUCUGCCGACACGUUGCUCAGGUACUGCACCGACGACAUGUUGCUCCGGGAGAUGAUGUCCGACCCGAUGUUGGAGCACUACGGGGCCAUCGUGAUCGACCAGGCCCACGAGAGAACUGUUAGCACCGACGUCCUGCUGGGACUGCUCAAGAACAUCCUGGUGCGUCGGCCGCACCUCCGUGUGGUGGUCCUGACUGUGUCGUCCAUGACAGAGCGACUGCUGGCACACUUCGGUAGUAACGUCCCUGUGGUCAGUCUGGAAGCCGCCCGUCCAGCCGAGGUGGUCUUCAGCCCCAGUAAGGACUAUUUGUACUCUGCCCUCAGGCUGGUGCUGAAGAUCCACCAGACCAGGGAGGACGGAGAUGUGGCCGUGUUCUUGGCUUCAGCUCAAGAGGUGGUCUGUGCCCAGGCUGUGCUCCAGAGGGAGGGAACCAGGCUAGGAGCAGACCUCGGGGACCUGCUCCCUUUGAGGCUGUACCCUGGCCAGGUUUGGGGCCCCCCUCCCCUGGUGGAGGAGUUUAGGGGUACAGGCACAGCCAGGUGUCGGCGGGUCUUCCUCUCCACCCGUCAGGGCGAGGACCUGUUCUGGGCUGUGAACUCGGUCCGCUUUGUCAUCGACGCGGGUGUGGAGAAACGAUGUGUGUACAUCCCCAGGAUAAGAGCCAACUCUGAAGUCCUUGGACCCAUCAGUAGAUCCCAGGCAGAAAUCAGAAGGCAGCUCAUUGGAUCAACAGGAAAGUGUUUCUGCCUGUACCCCGCGGAGACCCAGCUCCCCACAGAGAUCUCUCCUCAGAUCCUGGAGUCCAACCUCACGUCCACUGUGCUGUUUCUCAAGAGGAUGGAGAUAGCAGGGCUGGGACACUGUGACUUCCUCACUAGACCAGAUCCUGAGGGUCUCAUGCAGGCAUUGGAGGAGCUGGAUUACCUUGCGGCAUUAGACGACGACGGGAACCUAUCAGAGAUUGGGAUCAUCCUCUCUGAGCUCCCAUUGGAAGCUCAGAUGGCCAAGGCUCUGCUGGCGUCCUGUGAGUUUGACUGUGUCACCGAGGUGGUGACCAUCGCCGCUAUGCUGUCAGCACCGAGUUGCUUCCUGGAGCCACCUGUUGGCAGGGCCCAAGAAGCUUUGCAGUGUCACAGAAAGUUCCAGCACCCCGAAGGGGACCACUUUACACUCAUCAACAUCUACAAUGCUUUCAAACAGAGAGGACCAUACUCCAGCGUGGAGAAGUGGUGUCAGGACUACUACCUGAACCUCAGAGCCCUCCAGACGGCCGACACCAUCAGGUCUGAGCUGACGGACAUCCUGAAGAGGAUCGAGCUGCCCGUCUCUGAGGGCUCCUUCGGGACCAAGAGCAACACGCUGAACAUCAAACGGGCUCUGCUGGCCGGGUUCUUCAUGCAGAUUGCCCGUGAUGUUGAUGGAUCAGGAAACUACUUCAUGUUGACACACAAGCACAUAGCCCAGGUCCAACCGUCCUCCAGCUAUGGGGCCAGGACACACCAGCUGGGCCUGCCUGAAUGGCUGCUGUUCCAUGAAUACACUCUCUCCGAAAACAACUGCAUCCGAACGGUCUCCAAAAUCUCCCCCGAAUUGUUCAUUCAGAUGGCUCCACAGUAUUUCUUCUACAACCUGCCUCCUAGUGAGAGUAAAGACAUACUACAGCACAUCCUGGAUGGGGUUUUAUCUGGACAUGCCAAAGACAGGCAACAACAGAAUCCGACAAUUGCCAGUGAAGAGGUCAAAGACUGCAGCGCAGUGGCACAGUCCAAUGACAGAUGUGUGCUACAGUGACCUCUGGUGGAGGACCUCAGUACUGCAGAGAUAAUCUCAACCACAAUCAGAUAGUGGCUGUAGCGAUGGCUUUCACCUCCGGUACUGUUCAGACAUGAGCAUUGUAUCCCUCACCAACUUUCUCUUGUUUUUGCUUCGUAAAUGUUGGUUGGUUCUCCUCAAGUAGCCUAUAUUGAGCACCUUGAGUAGUCAAGGAACACUGUGACUCACAUAGUCUGGUUUGAACCCAGUAAUGUACUCCUUUAUUCUGGUUUUGGAUUUUCUUUUUUAUUGUGACUUUAUGAUCUUGUACAAUAUCAAAUAUUCUUUGUGUAAAAUCUGUACCAAGAUAUUAAUGUAAUCAUGUUUCCCUAAUUCUGUAAAUACAGCUCUUUGCUAUUUGAAAAAUGCCUAAAUUGAUGAAUUUAACCAAUUAAAACUUUUGGAAAACUGUUAUAUAAA